UUACCCCGGCUGGUGCACCGCAGCUCAGCUGUGAACUGUAACCUGCGGCAGCAGAGUUGACGCGGACGGAUACAUUGUAGCUCUCCCAUCCUCGGAAAACAGUCAGCCAAGGAAACACACUGAAUACCAGGCUGAAACCACGGUUCCUUCCUUUUGGUUUUUCAAACAGUCGCUCAUAUAGGCUACUGAGGUGAAGGAGAGCAAGAGGGGGGGCUUUCGAGGCCACGGUGAAACCAGGGAGUUUCCUGCCUCUAGGUCCGCCUGCCUGCCGGGUCACAGGUUGAUGUUUCCUCACCGGGCGCCCCCAGGGUCGCUUUCAAGCCUGCCUGCCGACAGCCCGCCACCUCUGUCAGCAUCUUGAGCGAGUCAAUCGAUCGCCUCCAGCUCGGCGAGACAAGCGCACAAGGUUUUCCGCUGCGUCUGCCAGCGGUUGAGCUGAGCGGCCUCAGCUUUGCCCCCGAGCCCAGCCGCCUGGGCAGGACUGCAUCACCAUGGACACGGAGUCCACCUACUCGGGCUAUUCCUACUACUCUGGACGCUCCCGGGGAUCUCACAGGCAUGGGGAGCGAAGCCGGGAUCGCCACAAGACCCGCAGUAAAGACAGCCGCUCAGAAAAGUCUGUAACAAUUAACACGCCGCCCGCAGAGCCACUGCUGGGUGACUCGGCUGUUCGGGGUGAGCAGGUCCAGGAUGACAACUGGGGCGAAACCACCACUGCCGUCACCGGCACAUCAGAGCACAGCCUCUCUCAGGAGGACAUUGUUCGCAUCACCAAGGACCUGGAGGACAGCGUGGGGCUCGACUGCCGCCGUUACUUCACCCUGACCUUGGCCGUGAUCCUGGGGCUGCUGGUUUUCCUGACGCCGCUUGCCUUCCUGGUGCUCCCCCACAUCCUCUGGCCGGAGAGGCUGCAGAGCUGCGGCACGGCCUGCGAGGGCCUCUUCAUCUCCGUGGCCUUCAAGCUGCUCAUACUGCUGCUGGCCGUAUGGGCGCUCUUCUUCAGGCCGCCGCGGGCCGGCCUCCCACGAGUCUUCGUCUUCAGGGCUCUGCUUGCCGUGCUGGUGCUGCUGUUUGUGGUCUCUUAUUGGCUGUUCUACGGGGUCAGAAUACUUGACUCACAGGAUGAGAACUACCAGGGGAUCGUGCAGUACGCUGUGUCGCUGGUGGAUGCUCUGCUCUUCAUCCACUACCUGGCCAUCGUCCUGCUGGAGCUCCGGCAGCUCCAGCCGUGUUUCUCUGUGUGUGUCAUGCGCUCCACAGACGGAGAGACAAGGCACUACAACCUGGGACAGCUCAGUAUUCAGCGGGCAGCUCUGGCUAUCUUAGAGCACUACUACUGCGACUUCUCAGUCCAUAACCCAGCGUUGCUCUCCGCCUCCAAGUCCCGUGCUGCCAAGCACCUGGCCGGCCUCAAGGUGUACAAUGUGGAUGGUGAGUUCCCAGCAGCCCCGGCUGAGGGUCCAGGGAACAACGCAGCAGCAGGACUCGCCCACUCUCAGUCCAGAGCCAUGAUCGCAGCCGCUGCCCGCCGCAGAGACUCCAGCCACAACGAACUGUACUACGAGGAGGCCGAGCACGAGAGGCGUGUCCGCAAGCGCAGAGCACGACUGGUGGUGGCAGUAGAGGAGGCAUUCACACAUAUCAAGCGCAUGCAAGAGGAGGAGCAGAAGAAGGCUCCAGGGGACGUCAUGGACCCUCGAGAAGCAGCGCAGGCCAUCUUCCCCUCCAUGGCGCGGGCCCUGCAGAAGUACCUGAGGACCACCAAACAGCAGCACUGCCACAGCAUGGAGAGCAUCCAGCAGCACCUGGCCUUCUGCAUCACCAACAACAUGACGCCCAAGGCCUUCCUGGAGAGCUACCUGACCCCAGGUCCGACCCUGCAGUACAGCCGGGACCACUGGCUGGCCCGCCAGUGGACGCUGAUCAGCGAGGCGUCGGUCACCAGCGGCCUGAAAGACGGCACCGUCUUCCUGCUCAAGUGCGUGGACUUCAGCCUGGUGGUGACAUCCAAGAAGAUCCCCUACAUCCAGAUGUCCGAAGAAUACAUCGACCCCAAGUCACACAAGUUUGUCCUGCGGCUACAGUCUGAAACCUCUGUGUAGGACUCAGAAAAAUGUUUUGUUUUGUUUAUUCCUCACCCUGUUUUGUUGCUCUCAAAUGUUUUCAUUUUGGGUUUGCAGUUUUUAUUUUUACUUUUUUGGAUUUUUUAUAUAUUAUAUAUGAAUCUAUAUAUCACACAUGUUUGAAUAUAUUGAUCUUUUUAUGUUUGAUUUGGAUGAAAAGAAGAAUCGUCGCAGGAUUAUUCUUACAGGAGUUUGGAUGCCUCGGACGUGGACUUGUGUGCACAUAAGAGUAUGCGUGAGUGUAUGUAAGCGUAUAUGUGUGCGCAUGCGUGUCAGUUUGUGUCACAAUCUCUCGUUCCUCUCGUGUUUGAGAUGCUGGAGUCAAACAAGAUGGGAACAUUUGAGGUUUCUGUCGUCCCCACAGAGACUUUGUUUGUCUCGGUCACUCCUUUAUUUCCAUGGAACAGACAGACAAACCACUAAGGACUGCGAUGGUGUGACCAAGAUAUUGAUAUUAAUAUCUCGGCUGUGCUGCCAUCUUGUCUGCAGCAUUUGAAAGUAUUCAGAUACUUUCAGUAGAUUAAGAAUUAAAUACAUUUCCUUCACUUAAAAACCAAAUUAAACAGACAAAAAAUGAAACCAAACUUCAAUCAGAUUUUGCAUUUAAUGCACAUUCAUGUAUGUUUCUAAAUUAAAGAAAAUGCCUAAAAUGGUUGGAAUAUAUGAUCUCAUCCUGCUCAGACGGGAUGUCAGACUCUUUUCCUUUCCUCGUCACUACUUCAGGACGUCUGCAGCACUCUGGACAGCGCUUUUGACAUUUGCGAUGUCAAACUCCCAACGUGUCCGGCCUGAGGCGCACAGUAGCACCCCCAAGUGCUAAUUUCAGCAGCCAAAGUGAAGGGACGCUUUGGGUUGUCUUGAUGCACGAUUCUUCUCCAGGUGCAAUGGAGCAAAAUCAGAAAAUGUUUCCACGCCAGCUGGGAACAACACUCGCAUGCUAUGUUAAACACCGGGGUGAGCCCAGAAUGAACCAGACCAUGAGAGACACACAGAGAUGGAUACAUGCCCAAAAACAUUUGCCCUGCCUCAUCGGUUCAGUAACCUUCUCAGGGCUUUCAUGUCUGCCGUAUCUGCCUGACGUGAUGAAGAGAGAAGGCGGCGAGGAGGAGAGACAGAGCCACGAUGUCGAAAAUAAGAAGUACUACUGAUUAUUCCAGAAUCCAGACCAGAACCCCCCUCUGUAGGUUACAGAAAAAUCUAAAUACUGUAAAAUCUCAGGUGAAAGCUGGUGUUCAAAUAAGGAAUAUUUACAGUAAUUUUAGUAUAGUGCACAUUUCCACAGCACAAAUUCCCAAUAAAAGAUGGAUGUUAAACCAACACUUCCUGUUUUUCACAUUAAAAGCCUGCCUAUGAAAGGCAUACUUGCCUUUAUUUGACAGUCAACAGUGUAGAGAAACAGGAAACACUGUGUUAAAGAAAGAGAGAGGUAUGACAUACAACAAAGAUCCUUGGUCAGUAAUCAAAACCAUUAGGCUCCUAGGGUGCCCCAGGCUGCCUUUUAAUGUGAAAAUUCUGGUCCUAGUGUUAAGUUUCUUAACAUUGUUUGGGGAAAAAAGGCAAGUGGAAAUGGAUAUUAUACUGAGUUUAUCAAGACAUCAGGACAAAUGAGAACUAAAGACCUGUUUUUCUCUCACGCUGAGCUCACCAGAGGCCACUAUUUGAGCAUUUGCAGUAUUUAAAGCAUAUUUCAGGGCUCACAGGGUGUGCUUGUAUCACUAGAAUAUACAAUAGAUCAAGAGUGUGUACCAACAGUCAGAGCUGCAGCAGGGCGGAACCUCCUUCCCAACUGGACCGUCUGGUUUUUUCCUUUACUGCCUUGUCUCAGCUCUGUUGUCUGACAAACACGCUCACAGGGAAUCCCUCGAGGUCAGACCACUUCACUGGAAGACUCAGAGGGAAUUUUUCUUUUUAUUGCUUUCACCUGAUGAAUCGGCCGAUUUUGUAAAAGCUAGAAAAAUACAGUAAAAUUAAGCUAACAGCACUAAAAUGACACUUUAAGAUCUUGUCAAAUUUGACUGCUCUGUCCAGUAAAUUCACCAAAGUGGUCAAAGAGAAUCACACUGAUAGUAUGAAUGACUCACUCAAGAAACAAACAUGUCAUACUAAUAAUAUCCUCUGUGGCUAUGAGCAGGGUUGUCCCCUACUGCCCCCUGGCUGGUAAACUUAAUACUGUCACUUUGUCUGCCUGAGGGCAGCAGCAACAUGUUUCCAUAUAAAACAUAAAGAAACUGUUCAGCUUUGCUAAAACAUUCUUUCACUGUAAACUUGUAACUGAUCCAUCUGGAAAGAACUAAAAACACACUUCUUGCUGUUUCUGUGCGGUGCACUAACAGCAAGUAUCUUUUUUUUAAGCACCUGCCACUGGUCGUAUUUUAUACCUACUGACAGAUGAACUUUGUAUGAUCCCAAUGUGACUGUGCCUCCUGUUUUUACACUGUAUCUAUUUAUGUAAACAAGCAUGUGUGUAUGUAUGUGCGUGUGUGUGUGUAUGUGUGUUUGCCAUUCCAGUUCACAUGACCAGCCCUUUCCCCUCUCCUCCUCAUCACCGCCAUCUGUCACGCUGUUGCCAGGUUACAGUCCUAUGUCAUGGUUUGGUUUUUGUUGGACGGCUUUAUGAUGAUCACGUGACAUUGCAAUGUAAGACAUGUUUCAGUUUCACAGCAUUAGCAUUUGUAAAAAAAAAUAAACAUUUUUAUGAACAUUUGUAAAA